CUAUGGCCCGCAGGGCCAUCUUUUCCGUGCUGUAGAACCUGGGGAUAUUGGUUAACCUGUUAGCUAUGGAGAUUCCUAUAUUAUCUACUUUUAUAAGCUAUUACCAUACUAAUACCUACUUGAAUACCUACUUGAAUGCCUGCUUCAAUACCUGCUUCAAUGCCUACUUGAAUGCCUGCUUCGAUGCCUGCUUGAAUGCCUACUUGAAUGCCCACUUGAAUGCCCACUUGAAUGCCUACUUAAAUGCCUGCUUUAUUGCCUGCUAAUACCUCCUUUAAUAUCUACUUUAAUACCUAUUUUAAUUCUAACUUCCAUA